AUGAGCCCAAGCGCUCCCGCUACGCAUGAUGAAGUUCCGCCAAGGGCUGGAGCGACAUUGGGACAGAUCGUGGCGUAUGUAGGACCUUCGACUACUCAGGAGGCCAUGGCUGUGCAGUUGAACAGGGCAGCAGUCAAGCGUCUAUGUCGGCAGCGAUGGCGUUACAAGACGGUAGCGUGCAUGCUGUCAGAGCUGACAUGGAGGUUCAACCAGGUUACCUGCAGAGGCGGAUGCGCCGUUGUUCUCAAGGGAAGCUUGGGAGCAGAUGAUGCGGUUUUCUCAGAGGGUUCGUCGGAGAUUCAAGCAGAAGUUCAGCGUCAAAUGGAUGCAAUGAUGAGGGCUCAGGCUUUCCAGUUGAUCGGGUCUCCCGUAUGGACCAAUGGAGAGAUGGGUUUCAAGGGCUUCCAGAAGGAGACGAUGGACUUCGGCAUCAUGGAGACCCUCGAGGUGAAAGGACUCAGCGGUUUCCAGAAGGAGACGAUGGACCUCGGCAUCAUGGAGAUCCUCGAGGCGAGAGACCUCAGCGGCUUCCGGAAGGUUUUGAUGCACGCCGGACUCAAGGGGAUCCUCGUGGUGAGCGCAUUCAGGGGCUUCCAGAUGGGUUCGACGGUCGUUGGCAGCGUGGGGAUCCUUGGAGUGAGCCGCUUCAAAGGGUUCCAGAAGAAGACGAUGGACGUCGGCAUCAUGGAGAUCCCCGUGGUGGGCGUAUUCAGGGGCUUCCAGAAGGCUUCGAUGGACAUUGGCAUCAUGGAGAUCCUCGUGGUGAUUGUCAGCAGAGGGUGCCUGGAGAUGGUGAAGGUCGAGGUCUACAGCAUUCAGUCGGUGGUGGUCGUCGAGCAGAUGAGCGUCGUGAUGGACCUCCAGGGCUGUGCGAGGGGACAAGUCGUGUUGUGGGCACUCAGGACCUACCUGGAGCACUUCCUCGCGGUGAUGAUCUGCAAGGACCUGCAGGGUUCCAUCGUUCACUCAGUCGCUCAGCCAGGUCUGGGCCCUGGCAUCCAGGGCCCAGACCGUGCUGAGCUGUAUCGAGCAGUUCCACCAUUCACGGAGAUGCUCAUGCGCGCACCCUGCGCGCACCCUGCGCGCACCCUGCGCGCGCCCUGCGCGACUUCCAAUCACGAAUUGACUCUGGCUCCUAGCCUUCUCUCGCUCUUGCUGUUCAUGGAUCCGAGUAUUAUGAGGCCGGCGGAACCUGCGGGGCGGCCUCCGCCCAAGGCGAAGGUUCAGGCCGCUCCGUUGCCGAAUCCGAAGCUGCUAUCGUCUCGGGCGAUGGGUCCGCCUCCACCGCCACCAACGCUUCCGCCUCCAGCUGGCCCGGCGCAGCAGUACCCGCCGGCACCUCCACCACUGGAGAAGGCCGCUCCAACAGAAGACACCAGAAAAGUUCACGUGUACUACAGCGAGGCCGGGCCAAGGAUCAGUCGUGGGCAUCGCAACGACUGGGCACAGCAGAAACGUGAACUAAAACAUCAACUGGAGCAAGAAUGCCAGCAGAAACUAGACGCUCUGCGGCGCGAGCUCGGGCUCGAGAAGGACUUGGCUCUCGCAAAUUUCCGCCUCGAAUUGCAGGAGAAGACGAUGUGGUGGCACGACACCAGCGCUCUGCUGAAGCAGGCCAAAGCUGAGUUGGCAGAAAGCAAUGCAGAAAAAGAAAGACUCCAGGCCGAAGUGUUUGAUCUGUGCUCUACCGUGGCUGCCAAAAAUGAUGAGCUCCGCGACUUGAAGAAGACACUUGAAAUCAAGGAGCACCAGCUGAGCGAUUUUGUGCCCAGCCAGGACAACAAGAAAGCCGCCGAAUCGCCCAAGCCGAGAAGGAAGCGGCCACUGCCACAGCCGCUGUCGCAGCUUCUCAAGCCCGAGGAGGAGCAGAAGAAGGCGAAGAUGGAGGACUCCCACCAGGAGCCGUCGGGGCCGUCGAAGCUCGAGGAGCCGAAGAAGACGGACACGAACACGGAGCCCCAGGAGCCGUCGCAGCCGUCAAAGCCCGAGCAGGAGCAGAACACGGACAGUAACAUGGAGCCCCAGGAGCCGUUGCAGCCGUCGAAGCUCGAGGAGCAGCAGAAGAAGGACACUAAGAGGGGCUCGAAGCAGUGGAAAAACAGAGACGAGCCCAAGAUCAAGAAGGAGAAGAAGGCCAAGAAAGAGCGAAGCGAUUGCUUCUGA